AUGCGUAGCUUGGCGUGGCUGUUCAUGCUGGCUGGUCUUGUGGCUACCAAAUCACUGGUGCCGCAGCAGCUACUUGCUGCACCCCGCAGACCCAAUGUUAUCUUUAUCCUGACCGACGAUCAGGACGCUCACCUCAAUUCUCUGGACUAUAUGCCCUAUGUCAAAAAACACCUUCUCGAUAAGGGAACUCAUUAUCGCAGCCACUAUUGUACGACAAGCGUCUGUUGUCCAUCGCGGGUGACGCUGUGGACGGGGAAGCUUGCACACAACACCAAUGUCACCGAUGUCAAUCCUCCAUAUGGCGGAUAUCCCAAGUUCAUUUCGCAGGGGUUCAACGAGAACUACCUCCCCGUCUGGCUGCAGGAAGCGCAGUACAACACAUACUACACUGGCAAGCUAUUCAAUGUGCACACAGUCGAGAACUAUAAUGCCCCAUUUCCAGCCGGAUUUACAGGCCACGACUUCCUCCUUGACCCAUUCACAUAUGACUACCUCAACAGCACCUUUCAACGAGACCGCGAACCACCCGAGAGCUAUGAAGGAGAGUACAGCACCGACGUGCUCGCACAAAAGGCAUAUCGCCUUCUUGAUGAAGCCGUUUCCGCCCAGAAACCCUUCUUCCUCACCGUCGCGCCCAUGGCGCCUCACUGCAACGUCUUUAUGAACGGCACCGGGCUCGACGACAAUCCUGUCUUCAGCUUCAGUGCGCCCAUUCCAGCCAAGCGACACGAGCACCUAUUUCCGGAUAUCCGAAUUCCUCGCACUCCAUCUUUUAACCCGGAGCACCCAUCCGGAGCGAACUGGAUCAAGACGCUGAAGCGCCAAAACGACACGAACGUCGAAUACAACGACCACUUCUACCGCAUGCGUCUGCGAGCGCUCCAAGCUGUUGAUGAGCUCGUCGAUGGCCUUUUCACCCGGUUGCACGAGUAUAACCUCCUAGACAACACAUAUAUUGUCUACAGCAGCGAUAAUGGCUACCAUAUCGGUCAACGUCGACUUCAACCGGGCAAGUCCUGCGGAUAUGAGGAGGAUAUCAACGUCCCUCUGAUUGUUCGCGGGCCUGGUAUUGCUGAAAAUGCAUCUACUGAUAUAGUCACUACCCAUACCGAUCUGGCACCCACAUUCCUCCAGUUACUGGGCAUUCCACUCCGAGAUGACUUCGAUGGGGAUCCUAUUCCUCUGACGCAGGGGCAAAUCGAGGCUGCACAGGACGAGAGACAGGAACAUGUAACAGUCGAAUACUGGGGAUUUGCAGCAGGGGAGGGAAUAUAUGACUUCGACCUAUCCGCAUACAACAACACUUACAAAGCCCUCCGCAUCAAAGGCAAAGGAUAUAACCUGUACUACUCAGUAUGGUGCAACAAUGAGCAUGAGCUCUACGAUAUGAUCACUGAUCCCCACCAACUCCACAACCUCCUCUCACCAGACACCAACCCAGACACCAACCCAGACCUCUGCACAAUCCUAAACAUCCCCCUCCCCAAACUCAUCUCUCGCAUCGACUCCCUCCUUUUCGUUUUAAAAUCCUGCAAAGGCCAAGUAUGCAUCAAGCCUUGGAGGGCCCUGCAUCCAGGCGGAGAGGUCAGCACACUAAAAGACGCUUUACAUGCGCGCUAUGAUCACUUUUAUGAGGUGGAGCAGACGACGAGGGUUCGAUUCGAGGAGUGCGUGCGUGGGUAUUCGCUUGAGGCGGAGGGACCGCAGUUUGAUUUACCGGAUGGAAAUGGAGGGAAUGGGUUUGUGCGGGAUGGGUUGGCGUGGGAUGCGUGGGUUUGA